ACCUCCGCACCUCCGCGCAUGGUCAUGAUGUGUCCUACACACGCAAGGGUGAUGAAGUCACCCACAACGAAAUGUUUCCUGCGGGUACUUCUCCUGAUAUCUCUUUCUGCGGGACCGGUAGGAUGUUUCAUCGUGAGCGGUGGCGGUGGUCGCACAAGGAGCACAGCCCAGGAGUUUCGACCAAACCGCUGUGUCGACCGUCCAUUGCAGUCGGACUAUGCAGGGACCAACGCGGCAGCACCUAUGGCGGUGCAUCCUGCUAGUAGGUCAGCUGGUUGGAUGGGCUUGGGUGGGCAAAGGAGUGUGUCUACGUGGAGGAGGGCUGGAAGUGGCGUUGACAAGGCAUGCUGGCGAAACGGCGUCCGAUUGUUUGCGGCCGAGGGCGAGGGAGAAGAAGACGAGGAGGCUUUCGAGAACGAUGACGACGAGGCGGUCGCACUGCGGGAGGGAGGGGACGACCGACAAAGGUCGGAAAAGGAGGUGGAGGUGGAGAAGAAUUACACCCCGGAAGAGCGGGAGUUCGUGGAGAAUUUUUACGCCGAGUACGAGGCGGCGGAGGAGCCUGAGAGGGACGAGGACGAGCUCGCCGUGUACGAUCACGCCUACAAGAUGUACGCGGGGGAAGGGGGCGCCAUCGAGAGCGAGUGGGACGCCGCGGUCGGCAAGGGCGACAUCUGGGACCUUCCUCCGUACGAGGACUUCGACCCCAAGGUGCCCCCGGUACACUACAAGUACUCCAAUGAGGAGCUUCAGGCCAGCCUAACGAGCGAGGUGAACCCCUUCCCGCUGCACUCGGAGUGGGUGGACAGGGACAUCAAAGUGGGAGAUAUCGACGAGGAUAAAAAAGCGGCAAUCCAGCCGAUGAUGUCGGUGAUCGAGCAGGUGUGCCAGCUCAUCGACACUACGGACGACGUUUUUUCCUUCAAGUACGUGGGUCCGAUUCGGCACAAGAAGGGUAUUGCAUCGUGGGCCAUGGUUCUCAUCAAGCCUCUGUACCCGCAAGUCAAGGGCGUUGAAUUCGUAACCAACAGAACAAGAGAUAGGACCGACUGGUGAUCAACAAGCAAUCAGAGGCCCCGUGCCACGCGCCAAGGCUUCGGGGGAGGGUGCCGGGGGAGGGUGUCGAGCUUAUCGCUACAACCAGACCAGAGAUUAGAUGCGCUGCUGGUCCGUAAAGGAGUUCCAUUCUACCGACUGAACGAGCAGGGGGGGGCGUUGAGGGUAAUCCGUGGACGGCACCUAUCGCUAUUCCGCGAUGUUUCCUGUAGGCAUGGUUGGGACGCCGCCCAGCAUAUGUGAGAAAGUUGCAGCUUUUGAUGCCAAGCUGGUCCGGAGAUUGGAUAUGGGCGUAGGAGUGUAAUGGGCACUGAAGAUGAUGCAAGAUAAAGAUACCACCCACCCCAAUGCGGGAGCACUCUGACUUUUCGAUUCUCCCCGCAAGGGGCAGAGAGGGACUGGCGACAGGUCGCGGCAGAUUGAGAUGGGUCAAAUGGCAAGCGUGUCAUGGCGGCAAAGAUCGUGGCCAGAGCUCUUCUCUAAGUGACAACGCCCUCAAUGUAGGGUUUGAUGACUGUUUGAAACACGUAAGUACAUGUAGAAACAAGCCGUUUAGAAAACCGGAUGCU